AUGGAAAAUCUAGGCGUUCUUCUAACCUACCCAAACGCAUACUUCGAACAAGUGCUCGAGAAGCGAGUCAAGCUCUUCAGGCUCUGGCAAUCUCCCCCCUCCAACAGGAUUGAAUUCCUGAAGAAGAACUCCGAAUCAAUCCGUGCAAUUAUCUCAAACGCCCACGUUGGAGCUGAUGCCAAUACAAUCGACGCCCUUCCUAACCUUGAGAUUAUCUCCAGCCACAGCGUCGGAUUGGACAAGAUCGAUCUGGCCAAGUGCAGGGAGAGAGGGAUCAGGGUCACGUACACGCCCGACGUCCUGACCGACGAAGUCGCCGACACUGCCGUCGGUCUGAUCUUGGCCACGUUGAGGAAGAUCUGCGCGUCCGAUCGGUAUGUUAGGGAGAGGAAGUGGACGGAGAAGGGGAAUUUUGCAUUGACAACGAAGUACCGCAGCUUGUGGUACAGUGCUAUCUAUUCUGCCAACGUGGCACUUCUGUAA